GUCCUUGCGGUGCUCAUUCAUUCGCUGUGGUAUAAAAGGACGCGCCUCUUCAGCAAAAGCUCCAUCGUACUCUGUCCGAUCUUUCCUUGCAGAUAUGUUCUCCAAGAUCAUUUCCCUCGCUGCUGUCGUCUUUGUCUCUUGUGUUACUCUUGCCCGUGCGGAGUCGCAUACUGUUAGAUUUGUUAACAGGUGCGGUCGUGGGACUCCCACACUCAGCCAAAACUUCAAUACCUUGUCGACCGGUAGUGACUACACCGCAGGUGGGCCCUUUGUGGCUGCUGUUGCCUGGCUCGACACGGGUUGCGGUUUCCAGGGUUCAGGAUGUACUCUCGUAGAGUUGACCUUGAAGAAUCCUACCUCGCCGGGAGCUGGUUCCAGCGUAGACAUUUCGCUCAUCCCUCCGCAUACGUUCAAUGUCCCGGCGUCGUUUUCGUACUUCAAUGGAUGUGACGGCCAGGGAAAAUCUUGCUCCAAUGCUAACUGUCCCCCCACGGACGCCUUCCACGUCACUACUGACUACGGUGCCCAAGUCCAGUGCGAAGCGAAUAAUGUCGGAUUGACGAUUACUUUCUGCUGAAUAUAAAAUUCAGUACCUCCCCAAUAGUUAUCGUCUAUUUAGUGGUGAUGCGAAUUAAUAGCGAUUCCCCAAGGUAUCUUAACCGAUACCAUAGCUUUACUCUUUAGAAAAAUUUGGUUGAUUGUUCAAACAUUGAUUGAUCGACACUGUCAUUAAGUGAU